AUGGCUGAGAAUCAAAUAAAAAAUCGUGUUUGCAUUGUCGGUUCAGGAAAUUGGGGUUCAGCAAUUGCUAAAAUUGUUGGCCGCAAUGCAGCUCGCCUUCCCAAUUUCGAGGAUCGAGUUACUAUGUGGGUGUAUGAAGAGAUGAUUGAAGGAAAAAAAUUAACUGAAAUCAUAAAUGAGUCCCAUGAAAAUGUUAAAUAUUUACCAGGACACAAACUACCACCUAAUGUAGUAGCCGUUCCUGAUGUAGUGGAAGCAGCAAAGGAUGCAGAUCUAUUGAUCUUCGUUGUACCUCAUCAAUUUGUUCGCACCUUAUGCUCUACCCUGUUGGGAAAAAUAAAGCCCACGGCAGCUGCACUUUCACUUAUAAAGGGCUUCGACAUAGCGGAAGGCGGCGGCAUUGACCUGAUCUCGCACAUCAUCACGCGAUGCCUAAAAAUUCCUUGUGCUGUCCUAAUGGGUGCCAACAUCGCUUCCGAGGUGGCCGAAGAAAAGUUCUGCGAAACAACUAUAGGAUGCCGGGACGUAAUGUUGGCGCCGAUGAUGCGCGACAUCAUACAAACCGAGUACUUCCGGGUGGUUGUGGUGGAUGACGAAGACGCAGUAGAGAUAUGCGGUGCCUUGAAGAACAUAGUAGCAGUAGGCGCGGGCUUCGUAGACGGCCUCGGUUUUGGGGAUAACACAAAGGCGGCAGUUAUCAGGCUGGGUCUGAUGGAAAUGAUCAAGUUCGUAGACGUGUUCUAUCCGGGAAGCAAGCUGAGCACCUUCUUCGAGUCCUGUGGAGUUGCGGAUCUCAUCACGACGUGUUAUGGUGGCAGAAAUAGGAGAGUUGCGGAGGCGUUUGUUAAAACAGGCCGCUCGAUUAAAGAGUUGGAGGAUGAGAUGCUCAACGGGCAAAAGCUGCAGGGACCUAUCACAGCUGAGGAAGUCAACCAUAUGCUUGCCAACAAAAACAUGGAGAACAAAUUUCCCCUUUUCACCGCUGUUUUCCGCAUCUGUCGAGGCGAGUUGAAGCCCAGCGACUUCAUCGACUGCAUCCGAAGCCACCCGGAGCAUAUGACGCAAGCAACGCCAAAGUGUUCUCUGUGACCCGAGUGAAGCCUCCAUGAUCUCACCACGCUCGCAUCGUGACUGCACUAGCAUUCAUCAAAAGACGUUUUCUAAUCAUUUUAAUAUGAGCUAUAAAUAUUGAUUAAAUAAUCUAUCGAUCAACUAAUUCAUAGAUAUAAAAUCGAAGCGUCACUAAUAAAAUGUUAAAUAAAAAAUUUAAAACCUCCGAUACCAAAGAGUAAAAGUCUGUAGGUAAAGUGUUCUACUAGACAAGCUCUUUCAUUGGACACCCAUAUUGAGUUGUGAAACAAAAUGUAACCAUUUUGUGGUGGCAGCCAUCUUGAAUUUGAAACUUAUCAUAGUGUACAGUAUGGAGUGUAUAUGUGUAUAUUCUACUAGUCAAGCUCAGGAAUAUUUCAUUUAAUACCGAUAUUGAAUGGAGUUGUGAAAUUUUUAGGUGCUAAAAACGACAUUUCUGACUCGUGACUGUUGACACUGCAAUAAGGCGCUCGUCGUAUGUUACGAACUUGUGUCAGAAAAUGACAUCGUAACACAUAAGCAAUACGGUUGGUUUUUGUGAGAUGUCAAUAGUGUCAGCAUAAAUUAUCUAUAGCUACGCGAGUAAUGUAAUGGUGCAGCGGUCAGCGAAAAGAGACAAUAAUAAAUUUAAUUUAGGUAUUUGCUUGUGAGAGAAUAGGACACAAGAUCAAAGUUUUACGUAAAUUAUCACUUUUCGUUGAUUAUUUGAUCGUUAGAUGUAUUUCAUACUGAAGCUGUCGCCACCCUUUAGUGCUAGCAUAUUAUUUUCCCAGCUAGACCAUUUGGAGGGCACGUAUUUGCAAGCCCGUUUUUUUCAAAAUAUCGUCUUCUGAAUAACUUUCGCAUCGAAUACGAAUUAUUAUGGAAUAUAAAUUUUUUAAAAGUGUUUCAAUGUCUGUUUUCGGUGAGGACUUCUUACGCCUAUCGUUAAUAAUAAAUUUAAUCCAAAAACGUUAAUGAUAUUUUAAAUAUAGUAGUUCUAAUCUUACCUACAGAAUAGAAAAAGGGAAUAAAUAAAUUUAAUAUGCCAUCUGAAUAUUUUAGAUAAGAUUUAUAAUUUGUGUGGUUACACACUAUGCAAAGCAAGCGGUUUAGGCGAUUUUUUUAGAUAAAACCAUGGCAAUAAUUAUAUAUAGCUAAAAAAAUAGACUAUACGUACUUAUUGAUUUUUAAAUUCCAUAUCCUUGGCAGCUUACAUUCAUCUUCAAAAAUACAAAUUUUAUUCAUUAGAAAACGUCUUUCUUGUUUUUACAUAUCAUAUUUGAAGCACGUCUAAUCAUUGUUAUACAUAUUAGCACAUCGUUGUUUGUUUGUUUGUUGAUUUUAAGUAAGUACCUGUUUUUUUAUCUAUAGAAAAUAUGCUUUUAUUUUGGCGGAAAAUAUUAUUAUUUAAAAAAUAUACUGAAUUAAAAAUUCAAGUAGUUACUUGAGUACUACUUCCUGAAAAGAGGUUAGAACUUAUUUAAAUUAAGUACUUAAGAAGAAUUAUAGUUAGUUCUUAAAAGUAGGUAUUCGUAUUUUUUCUACCUUGUCUUAUUAUAUAAACAAGCUUUUAGUUUUGUUUCAAGUGAAAUUUUCUAUUGUAUUAGUAUAAGUAUACCAAUAAUGCAAAAAAGUGUUAAAAUAAAUUGUUUUAAAUAAUAUUAAUCAAGCUAAAACUUUGAACAAAUAUUCAUUGAUCUUUUUAUUUGUAAUAAAUAACGAUCGAGUAAAUUUUCGGAUUAUUUUAACAAGUAAUUAAUUUGACAUUAAGCUUAAAAAAUGCAAUACCGCAAAAUAAUAAUUUUAUGAUCGAUACCAGUAACCACUUAUGUAGAAAAUAUUUUUAUUCAUAAUAUGUUUUAUAUAUAUACGUCUACGUUUUAUCACUUCUAAGAAUGUACAUUGUACGUAUCCAAUUUUGUGCAUUAAUAUUGAUUAUUUCAAACAUGGAGUUAUAAAUAACUAAAAAAUAUAUCCAUACUAGCAAAGCUGCCAUUUAACUAUGCCCUUUGAUCAUUGACAUUCCGAAUUCAUAAUUAUUUGAAAAGCAGAAGCCUUUAUCUUUUCAUUUCUACGCUUACUUUUUCAGGAUUCGGAUAGUUAAAAAAUCGCAUUGCUGUAUUAGCUAAAUUAGCGAAAAAGGAAUAUUGUAUUGAAUUGGGCUUCUGUUUUUUUGUUCCACUGACAUUUAUGAACUGCACUAACAUUGAUGCCAAUUCUGUUCUAUAAACUCACGUAUUCGUUUUCGUAUGCAACGUUGCAAUUUUUUGUUAUGAUUUCUAGGAGUUUUAGAAUUCAGUUUAAGUUAAAUUUUAUCUUCUAAUUAUCUGCGUCUUAACCUACGCUUAAUGGAAAUAUCAGUAUAUUUUGCAAAAAAUCAAUAACUACAAUACAUAUUUUAAUAAAUAACAAAGAGAAAAUGCCUACGAGUAUUUCAAAUUUUCGUUAGAGGUAACUUAGAUAUUUCUUUGUGUAUAACAGAAUUGUCACCACUAGCACAUUGUAAAUAAAGUUGUCGCAGCUACUCCAUACAAAAACUUACUGAGUGAUUACAUUGUUUUUCAUACA